AUGCAGCUCACAACACUCGUCCUCACCGCUCUUACGAGCCUGGCUUCCGCCCAAAAAACCUGGGUCGUUACCGUCGCGCGCAACGGCAGCCUGACCUACUCGCCCGACAAGCUCGUCGCGCAGCCCGGCGAGUUUGUCCAGUUCCAGUUCCUCGCCGGUAACCACACCGUCACGCAGUCGACCUUCGACAAGCCAUGCCAGCCCAUCAGCUUGAACAGCAACGUCACGGGCUUCCACUCGGGCUUCCUGCCCGCCGCCGCCAGCGCCUCCAUGGGCAUGGUCCCGACCUACACCAUCCAGAUCAACAACACCAACCCACUGUGGCUGUACUGCGCCCAGGGACGGCACUGUCAGCAAGGAAUGGUUAUGGUCAUUAACGAGCCUGCCAACAACGCCAGUCGCACCCUCGAGAGCUACAAGUCGCUCGCUGCCGGGGCUCAAAGCCUGGCUCCCGGCGGUACUCCCGGGGCCGGGGGUACGACGGGCUCCACCAACACCCCCUCGGGCACUGGUGGUGCAGCCUCCCCAUCCCAGAGCGUAUCUGGUGCUGUCGCUGUGCUCACUGCUCCGGGCACGCUCGCGCUCGUCGCUGCUGCUGGCGCUGCCUUGCUGCUUUGA